GUUGAUCCAGAAUCUAUAUGCUUGGGUAUUUAUCAGUGGUCGUGAGAAAUCAGGGCUUAGUUAAAUUUUUCUUGACAAAGCAACAUAAUGUGAAGUGGGAAAAGUUUUAAGGGAAACUGGAGGAACUUUGCAGACCUAGAGGAAGCAGACUCGUCGCGGCCACUCAGUACGAGGUUUUGACGCAAGGAAACAUGGAGUUACUGGAAUACAUUGAAAAAUGUAGAGAAGUCAAGGAAACGUGUGGAUGGCCACAAGAAGAGAAAAACAUGGCGCUCAGAAAUGAAAUUCUCGUUGGGCUCAAAACUCCGCUGGGGUAUCAAAAGGGUUUAGGAGAAUACCAGAAUAUGCUGGCGACAGAGCGGGUCAUUGAGAUUGCUACGGACAUCUAUAACAGUGAUUGUCAGAAAUCAAUUGAGCAAACUCUGAGUACAGUUUCCACAGCAGUCGCGGCCAUACAGCAACGAUCAAGUGAAGUUCAGAAGCUGCACGCAAACCAACAAGACGACAAGGAAACUGUUAAAGGACAAGACAGAGAAGAAAGAUACUUCGAGAAGAAAGGAAGAAAGGAACAGGGAAGAAGUGAGCGACAAAAUUGUUUAGUCGCGGAGCUAAACCUGCCCAUCCCACACCUGAGUGUCCAGCCAGAGAAGUCGUAUGUCAAAAGUGUGGAAAAAAAGGGCACUACCAGAAGUGUUGCAAAUCCAAGCACAAACCAACUCAAGUUCAUUAGCAGCAAAUUCUUUGUGUCCAUUCUACAUCCCGGUGCUGCUUUGACUUAA